AGGCCUGUGGCUGGGGUUGCCCUUUGAACGGAUAAUUCUACACUCAAAUUUUAUUGUGAUUAGUUUUACAUUUCCAUAUCACUACAGAGGUGAGCAGAGCAAAAGAGAAGUAAACGGAGAGCAAUGGCAAUGGCAAUGGCGGGGAGGGCCAUUCCCACAUUGGGUGGUGUCCAAAUUCAGCCUCAAGCUCGCCUGGGAUUGUUUGUAAGCAAGGUUGGAAGAAAUGUAGGCUCCAAUCCCGCUGCCACUCACGCUCACAUCCUACCUGCUCUAAAAACUGGAUCAUUAAAGUUUUCACCUCUUCCAAUCAGAGCUACAUCAUCAGAUGACGCAUCUACUAGUUCUGUUCAAGCAGAAGAAUUGUUUGCUGAAUUGAAGGAAAAGUGGGAUGCAGUUGAAAACAAAUCUACAGUUCUUCUUUAUGGUGGAGGUGCAAUUGUGGCUGUAUGGCUUUCCUCCAUACUUGUUGGAGCGAUCAACUCGGUUCCUCUGCUUCCUAAGAUUAUGGAGCUGAUUGGGCUUGGAUACACUGGAUGGUUUGUUUAUCGAUACCUAUUGUUUAAGUCAAGCAGAAAAGAGUUGGCCACAGAUAUCGAAGAAAUAAAGAAGAAGAUUACUGGUUCCCAAGAAUAAUUUUGUCAUGUAUUUAUAAGAUAUUUUCUAAGGUGUCUCUUAUCUAUAUUCCCACAUUGAGAAAUAGGCACUUACCAAGAACUGUAUUUAUUCCCUUCUAGAGAAAUUAUUAGGUCGGAUUAUGUUCUCUACUUUUAGUUAAGUAUUGACUUGUUGGAGAUUAAUAUCUGUAGCUUUUAAUUGUCAAGCAUUUGGUAUAUUUGUAGUUUUGUUAAUAAAACUUAACUGUGCAAAAACCACAGAUUUACUA